AUGGCACGCCUGUCAGCCAACGUGGCACCAAGAGGAGUAGCCACACAGUCUGGAGAACCAGCUUCUGCAGCAACAGCUCCACAAAUGGCCAUUGAUGAAGACACUGGGAAGGAUCCACAAAGCACCUGUGCUUCAGUUCCACUGCAAGACAACCCCUGGUGGCAACUGGACCUGAGGAGUAUCUACCACAUAACUGCUGUGUCUGUCACCAGCAUCAGCGACUGCUGCUCAGAGGAGCUGGACGGUGCUGAGAUCCGCAUCGGUCUCAAAAAUGACACCAGCAACCAGAGGUGUGCCAUCAUCUCCAUUGCAACGGGACAGAGCAAAUACAACUAUCAGUGUGGAAUAAUGGAAGGUCGCUUUGUCCAUGUUGUUCUUCCUGGACUACAGAAGAAUUUGACACUUUGUGAAGUACAGGUGUAUGUGCUUGACUUUGAGAAGAGAUCUGUUGUGAAGAUCAGCACUGACUUUGACAUGAGUGACCCGGUCAUCCAACAACAAAUCUUAAAGCAGCUGGAGGCAAAGAUGAAAAGCAAGGGGAUCAGUGACUUCAAAAUCCGCUGGAAGACGUCAGGACGAGUUUCACGCAAGACUGAAGACAGCACAGUGUGUGACACCGGAGGGAGCUGA